UAAUCUAUUCGGAUCUUUCAUAAUGUUUAAAUCACAUAUAAGAUAAUCGAUAAUCAAAGUUAUCUACACCUAAAAGACUUUAGUACAAUACAUGUAUUUUAUUUUGCAAUGACACAACACGUAAGAUAAAAUUGUUCACGGAUACAAGUUAAUAGUAAAGAAGUAGAAUGAGGUGGGAGAAAGGGAGGUUUAAGAGGGAGAAUCGUAAUCAGUUAACUCUAUCAUAAAUGCCGGAGUCGUUGCAAAAGAAGCAGUUUAGCUUAGGUAGUCGGUUUGGUGGUCGGUUAUUUUUUCAACGUCGGUGUCAAUCAUCAUCAAUCAUCCCAUAUUAAUCAACCAAAGGAUUCGUGUUUGUGUGUGUGUGUGUGUUAAAUCGUAACAUCUUUUUAAAAGAUCAAAUAACAAAUAUUACAUUAGAUAGUUAUGACAACCGGCCUGAGAUUUAUCGUAACUUGCAUCGUAUGCAUCGUAUCUUUAACCACGUGCUUGCAAUUAGUGCAAGCUCAAAGUAUAGACAAUGUUGAAUCCGUGAAUGAUGGGAUUGAAAAAAGUGAAAAUUGUACACCACGUUCGAUCAAUGACUUCCCAAAGGAUAUAUUUACGACAGAACAACGUGCACAAGGGGCAGUUAUUUUACACGCAUUCCUUGGCUUUUAUUGUUUUUUAUUGACGGCUUUCGUAUGCAACGAUUACCUUUUACCUGCACUCGAUUGCAUUUGUUCCGGAAUUAACAUAUCAGCUGAUGUUGCUGGAGCUACUUUCCUUGCUACGGCCAGUUGUUUUCCUGAACUUUUCGUCAGUGUGGUUGGUACAUUCUUAACUGAAUCUGACCUUGGAGUUGGUACCGUGGUUGGUAGUGCAGUAUUCAAUACAUUUGCUACAACAGCGUGUGGUGCACUUUCAGCUCGACACGGUAUACAGCUAGAAUGGCAAAUACUGUCGCGCGAUUGCAUAAUCUACGUGAUAUCCGUUGGUUUGUUGGUAUUGGUUAUGUGGGACGGUCUGAUCACCUGGUACGAAGCUACGGUCUUCAUAGUAUUGUUCGUUGGUUAUUUGGUCCUUCUGUUCUCCGGCGAAGGGAUAACACGUUGGUAUAACAAGAUCAAACAUCUUUGUUGGAACGGUACCGAAUUUACGGAAGAAAGUGCUGCUGCUAAACCGACGACCGAACCGAUGUUACACGGCAUGUACAAACCAUACGUUCAUGGUGAAUUGAUAGCCGAAUAUAGAAAAAAGAGUAUCACCAUGAUAGCCGAAAUUAAAUCGACCAAUAAGAAUUUCGAAGAACCACCAGAAAAAACCGAGGAAUUGGUUGAUUAUGUUGAACCUGAUACACCAUUCGUAUUACCAACAGGUAAUUUACUCACGAAACUAUGGUUUUACUUUACCUGGCCAUUAAGGAUUUCAUUAUUUGUCACAAUACCUGAUACCAGGUACAAAAGAUUUCGUUCGUGGUACUUCGUAACAUUUUUCGUUUGCACCAUGUGGAUAGUAGUGUCUUCUUACAUGGUAUCUUGGAUGAUGACCGUCGUUGGUGACACCAUGGGUAUUCCUGAUUCAGUUAUGGGAAUAACUUUUCUAUCGGCUGGUGGUAACAUGCCUGAACUCGUCUCGAUCGUCAUCCUUUCAAGACAAGGUAACGGUGACAUGGCCAUGAGCAACACGUUGGGUGCCAACACACUUGAUAUUCUUCUCUGUUUGGGUUUACCAUGGUUGAUCAAAUCUUUAAUGUCCGGCAAAGAUAUUGAAAUCAUAUCCGGUGCACUAUCAUACAGUGUUUUAUCUAUCAUCGUAUGCGUUAUAUUUUUUUAUUCGGUCACGGCAUUUUAUAAAUUUAAAUUAAACAAAAAAGUUGGCGCGGUUUGUCUAGUUAUGUAUGUAAUAUUUUUAAUAUUUGCAAUAUCGGUUGAAUUGAACGUUUUUUAUCAAAUUAAUUUACCAAUGUGCCCUCGAUAGUUUGCCAAAAAAAAAAAAAACAUUCUCGAAGUCAAUUAAUAACUUGAACGAAUGUGUGUGAGUGUUUGUGUGAUAGAAA